AUGUUCUCGAGCGAGCUGAACGGAAAAGACGUGUGCGGGCCGGGUUCUGAACAGAGGUAUGAAGUGCAACUCGGAGAAGCGCGAAGAGAAGAGGUACGUAAGGAUGAAGCACAAGGUGGGGAAACUAGAUCCGAUGAGGCGUCCAGUCUGGACGAUGGGGAAGGAGAUUCCCCAAUGAGGGAUGUCAACUGCAUGGAGGGGGUCAAAAGAAGAUACGCGAAAAAAAAGAAAAAGAAAGAAUCCAUUUUUUUUCCAUUCCUGAGUGAGAAGUCAUCGAAGAAGAAGGACUGGCUUGCUGGAAAUGUCAUAUCUAUUUUUGCGUUUUUUCUAUUGUUGUAUAUCGUAAGGAAGGGAAUUAACACUCUGCAGGAAGUAUCAACCGACGGGGGUAACUAUGCCGAAAACGAUUUUACAAAUAGUGGGAGAAAGGGGGGGUCCUCCUUGAAGCCCUAUUUCAGCAGAAACGGAGAUAGCGAAAAUUUCCCCUUUGAGGACGACGAGUUUAUUUACAUCCCCAACAGGAAGAGCGACAACACGAUACGUUUAAAGAAUGUUGCAGGGACCGAAAUUAUAGACAACAAUUUUCUAAGCGUGUAUUCAGAAAACAUGAAGUAUUUAAGACAGACAAGUUUGAAUUAUUCCCUUCAUCAGAGAGCGCUAUCCACAGAAUGUUACGUCUAUUUUAGGAGUUUUUUAAAGCAAGCUAUUUCCCCACACAGCUUAACCAAAGCGAUUAAGAUCGACAAGGAGUAUAUCUACCCAUGGGAUGUGAUCACGCAAGAGGAUGUAGAGAAAAUUAUCGAAAAUGCAAAAUUUUAUGGGUUCUUAUUUACGUGGUUUAAAAAUCAUCGAAAGGCACAGAAGGUAGAUAGAGUGACUUUGAAAAGGGAAAUGCCUGUUUUGUCUCCUCGAUUUGUACAGAGGCCAGAUAUAUACACACACUUCUUUAAAAAUAACAAUGUGAAGGAGCCUAAUUUUUAUGGUAUUCACUACACGUGGUUAGGUCAUGCGACAGGAUUGGUUGUAGUUGAUGGGUUCAAAAUAUUAGUAGAUCCCGUUUUUAAAAUUGAGUUGUUAAGUUUGAAGGGAAUAACCAGAUCCCUCAUUAAUUGGGCAAAUGUAAAAAUCAUGGGAGGGUUAGGAGAAAGGAUAACAAGAUCCCCAUGUAACAUAUCGAAUUUGCCUGACGAUUUACAUGCGGUGUUCGUUUCGCAUAACCACAAUGAUCACAUUAUGGAGGAGGACGUUCGAAUAUUAUGUAAGCUAAAAAAAUUCCAGCAUGUGUUGUGGUAUGUGCCAGAAGGUACAGCUAGUUUUUUCAUAGAAGAAGGUUGUAAAGCGGCCAAAAUUUUUGAGAUGUCCUGGGGUGAUGAAAGAUGGGUUUCCUGCUGGAUUUCUCACAAACAAUUCAAGUGUAAGGAUGGCAUUUGGAACAGUAAAAGUGCAGAAAAGGAAGUAUUCAAAUAUAAGAUAAUUUAUGCUCCUACGUUGCAUUGGUCAGGUAGGAAGGAUAAUCUUAGUGACAUUAAUCACUCUCUUUGGGGGUCGUUAAUAUUGAAGGGACCAAAGCAUCGAUUUUAUUUUUCCGGUGAUACGGCCUACUUGAAAGAAAACUUUGAAGAAUUUAAAAAAAUCGGACGGCUACAUGGGCCAUUUCAUCUAGCCGCAAUUGCCAUUGGAGCGUAUGAACCGAAUAACUCCUUGAAAUAUCACCAUGUGCAUCCAUGGGAAUCGGUAAAAAUAUGGAGGGACAUAAAAGCAGAAAUGGCCAUUGGAGUUCAUUGGGGGACGUUCCGAUUAUCAGCUGAGGAGUUUAUGCAACCUAGGGAUGAGUUAGAAGCAGCCCUGUUGGGUGUCGGUCUGCACACCUUACGUAAUUCUAUCUUACCAUUCGAGAAGAGAAAAAUGGAGAUAUUGAAAAAGUAUUCCCUUAAGAAUGAAGAUGAGGAAGAAGACGAAACGGAUGACCUGGAGGAUCUGAAGGAGUAUUUUUAUCCCCCCACAGAGGAAAACGCACAUGAGUACACAGAUAGUUUCCAUUCACUUUUUGCAAAAAAUAUGAACCUCUUCUAUAGUGACAUUGAUAAAAAUUAUGUUAAGCAUAUGUACCAACAGAAGAGGCUAUACGGAUCUACGUAUAACAGAUAUAAGAGAGCUCUGUUUUUGCGCAAUUCGAAGAAGCUUCCAAAAAGCUGGAAGAAGUUGCUCCUAAAUUUGUCUAUACGCUUUCAAACCAUCCCCAUUGGGGGAUCUAUGGAGGUUAUUUCGAAGGAGGACAACACCAUAUCGAUGACGAGGUCCACUGAAUAUAAUGCCAUGCAGUACGAGCACUACACCUUUCCCAAGUGGUACAACGACAAGGAGAAGGAGGAGACCCUCAGUCAGAACUCCCUUUCGCUGGAGGAUCUCAUGGACUUCCACAUAGUCAGUUAG